AUUGUUGGUGGAUGUAAUAGAUCCGACACAAAAACAGUGGAAAAGUAUGAUUCUCUUAGAAACCAGUGGACAAAGAUGAAGAGCAAGACUGUUGAAUGUAAUGGUCCUGCAGUCAUCUGCAUGCAAGGAAGCAUUUAUAGUUUGGGAGGAAGGGAAGGAUCAAGAAAAACCAACAAAGCAGAAUGCUUCAAUCUAAAUACGUCAACAUGGAGUUUCAUUUCACCAAUGCUGAAUGCAAGAGAAGACUCUGCUGCUGUUGAAUUUCAGAAUCGACUUUAUGUGCUUGGUGGAUAUGAUGAUGGUCAGGAUCUGAAAACUGUUGAAACAUACGAUCCAUCAUCCAAUUCCUGGACCAUGCUUGCACCGAUGAUAUCGGCUCGUCAACUUCCCAAAAGCUUUGUUUUCAACGGGAACAUUUAUGCAGUUGGUGGAAUCAAUUCAAGUAAAACCAUGGAGAAAUACGAUUCUGAAAAGAAAACCUGGGUGAUGGUUGACAUUCCCAAAGAUAUGGACCUUUAUAUAUGGAACUCAGUGAAAAUGAGAGCCAUAUGAAUAUUCCCACCCAACAUAUUGACUUUCGAACGUUCCACAGCUUCUAAUUAUUUUCUUCCCAUUUAUCGUGGCAUUUGAUUUUUAUAUUUUGUAUUUUGCAAAUCAAUCAAAUAUUCUUUCUGUUCAAAUUGUAAUUGAAUUUGAACUCAGUCCCUGUAUAUCGCGAAAACCCUUCCUCUCCCCGUACUGCCAAUAUUUUUAUAUCAACUCAUAUUAAUUUGUGUGCGAUCAAAUUAGGAUAGGAUUUACAUAUUUAUCUCUGGGGAGAGGAAAGCCAAUAAGACUGCUUAACCAUAUGGCUUACCACGGCUUCUCGUCCAGUUACCAUUUUAUGUCGGUUAUGGGAUUAGUUAGUUAU